AUGCGAGGUGCGUCGCCCCUCGCCGCGCGCACCGCACCCACUCUACCCGCCCAUCACCGCCCCGCUCCCCCCAACCACGCGUACGUGCUUCGCCAGGACUCGACGCUACGAGCCGAAGCGCGAAAAGCGAAGCGCGUGGAGAUCGCUGGCCGUGGGCCCGCCAUGAGUCGGUCGCGCGCGGCGGCAGUGGCGUUGGCCAAGUGGGCAGUGGCGGCAAGAGCGUCCGUGAAAGGCGGGUUGGCAAACCUUGUCACCAAAACCCCCCCUUCCCGCACCAAGCGUGGGAUGACGGCGCUGGGUGCUGCCAUCGCAUGCCCAUGCACCAAACCCGACCUCGCACCUUCCUCCACCCUCCUUUCCCUCCCUCCUCCCCCUUCCUCUCCCCCCACUCUCUCUUUCCUUUCCCCCUUCUCUCCCGCUCCCUUCACCCCCUUUACUCCUCUUUUCACCCUCCUGUCCCCCUCCUGUCCCCCUCCUGUCCCGCUCCUAUCCACCUCCCUCCCGUCCCUCUCGUCUCCCUUUGCUUCCCUCUCCUUUCCCUUUCUUUUGCCCUCAUUUCGGCCGCCCCUUCCUAACGCCCUCCUCUUUCCUUCUUUCGCAUCCUAUCACUCUCCUUUCCUCUCCACUUCCCCCCUUUUCUCCCUCCGUUCCCCCUUCUUUCCCCCUCCCCUCCUUGCCCCCUCCUUCAUCUUCUAUUUCCUCCAUUUCCCCUCCUUUCCCAUUCCUGUCACCCUCCUAUCCACCUCCCGUCCCCCUAUUUUCUUCUCAUUUCCCCCUCCACGCCCCCUGCUUCCCUUCUCCUGUUCCCCUCCUGUCCCCCUCCGUCCAACCACCUUCCCCUCAGUUCCCCAUCUUCCUCCAAACCCCCUCCUAUUCGCCUGCCUGUCCCCUGCUUUCACUUCUCACUACUUCUUUUCCUCCAUUCCCUCUCCCCUCCCCCUCCCAUUCCCCCGUCCACUCCCCUCAUUCCCCUUCCCCCCUCGUUUUACGCUCCUUCCGCCUCAUUUACCCUGCCCACUUCAAUCCUUUUCCUAUUCCACUGCCCUUCUCCUCCGUUCACGCUCACUUUCUUCCUUCCCCCUUCCCCCCUUUCCCACUCCUUUCCCCAUCCUGUACCCCCUCCUUUCCCACUCCUUUCCCCAUCCUUUCCCCAUCCUUUCCCCCUCCUUCCGCCCUCCUUUCCCCCCCCUUUCCCCCUGCUGUGCCCCGUCUGUCGCCCUCCUCCACCCGUGCUGCCCCCUGCCUGCCGCACGCCUUCUCCCGGGUGCGUGCUUGGGGCAGGCAGAGGGGGCUGCAGGCGCCAGGGAGCAGCGCCAUGCAGGGGAGGCCAUGGGCGGCCAUGCACGCAGGCGUGGGCUCAACGGGGCUCUCCACUCGCCCUGCCUCCACACGCGCUGCUCAUCCGCCCCUCCUCCCCGCCUGCUGCCCUCUCCUCCCCCCCCUUUUGCUCCUCGCCACACCCCUCCCCGCGCUGCGCCAUCCACUCGCCCACCUCACCCUCCACCUCAACGGCUUGCCUGA